CCUCCCAAACUCCUCCCAGACUCGUGAGGCGAUUCUGUCUAUUUCGGAUUAUUUCGAAGCGAAACUCGUGUCCCAAAUGCCUCCAACUACCACCCUUCUUUUUGCGUAAAAAGCUUUGGGGCUUCCCCCCCCCCUUACGAUCCAGUGUGUAUAAAUUUUUAUGAAAUGAAGUGACUUCAAAUUCCCAUUGGGAAAUAAAAUCUCCUGAGGGAAUUAGGCAUUCUACAUUUAUUUGGCUGCGGCCUUCUGGAGGCUGUUGCCGUGGAAACGCUCCCCUGAAGGAAAAAAGGCGGGAAAACGCCUCAGCUAGAGGACCGCUCCUAGGUCUCCCAUUUUGCCCACAUCCCUGCCUAUUCUGAGGAGAAACUUCUCCACAGGAAGGAUCCCGGAUCCCCUUAGAUUCCUCACCAGAUUCCUCUCCCCUUAAGUCCCUGAGGGAGACACAGAUAACCUGAAGGCCAGAGAGAAACCACAAAGGCUGUGGCACCGAGGGAGGAUUUUAACUUUUUUUCCUCACAGGAAAAAUGGAAUCUGCUAAACUGACCAGAGGCAAGGAGGCCGGAAUGGCGCCUUCCCUGGAAGAGGAGGCACAAGUCUAGUCAUCCUAGCGAUAAUGAUAAUAAUAUACUUAUUUGUACCCUGCCCAUCUGGGAGGCUUCCAGCGUAAAUAAAAACAUACAGAGGGCUGCCUUCAGAUGUCUUCUAAAGGUUGAAUAGUCACUUGUCUCCGCAGGGUGGGCGCCACCACAACAUGCCGAAAAUUUCAAAUCAAUUUUCCAUAACCUUUCCCAGUCUGAAAGCUGAAUAUUAUGCCCCAAACCCCUCGCCCAGUGUAUCAGUACAGAUUUAACCUGUUCAUCCUUUGUAUGCCAUUCCAAAAGUAAUCUAUACAUUUCCGACAGUAAUUUUAUAUUUUCUGACAAGCCUUUUUCAAAUCUUGAGGUCUCAUAGCUGAAACCUUUCUUUCUAUCUAUCUUAAAGAUAUCAUUUAGAUGGUGAAACUGUAGCCAGUCGGUUAAUAAAUCCCUUAUCUCUUCAAAAUCUUUCAAUUUCACCUGAUGUUUUACUUCGGUUAGCAGCUCUCUAUAUGUUGCCCAAUUACUUCUCAUAUUUAGUUUUUUUCAGAGAUAUUGCUUCCAGUGGGGAAAGCCACCAAGGAGAUGGGAUCAGGAUGGAAGACGAGGACGAAGGCAGAGGGGCAGUCCCUGUCCGGCGGUGCAAGAGGAAGAAGGUGGUCCACCUAUCCAGAACGGAGAAGCCGGUGACCCGGGCGGUGAGCGCACAGGACGAGGGUCCCCCGAAGUCGACGCUGAAGACGAAGCCCCCCGAGUGCCCCGAGUGUGGCAAGAGCUUCCUGAGCAACGUGGCGAUGGUCAUCCACAUCCGGACGCACACCGGGGAGCGGCCCUUCAAGUGCCACCUGUGCCCCAAGGGCUUCCCCUCGCGGGGGGACCUGAAACGGCACAUCAAGACCCACCUGCGCAAGAAGGAGGACCCCGCGGCCGGCGACGCCAGCCCCAAGGCGCGGAAGUGCCUGACGGCCAAGCUCCAGCUCCUGCGCCAACUUGGGGCCACCCUGGGCCCCAGGAAGCCCCACACCUGCGCCCAGUGCGGAAAGAGCUUCAACAAGAAGCAGGACUUGCGCAAGCACCACGGGACCCACUCGAGCGAGCGGCCCUUCUCCUGCCCCGAGUGCGGGCGCAGCUUCCGGCUCAAGCAGAUCCUGGUGGCCCACAUGAAAGUGCACGUCGGGGAGCGCCCCUUCUCCUGCCAGCAGUGCGGGAAGCGCUUCAGCCAGAAGCACCACGUGGAGAGCCACCAGCGCAUCCACACGGGCGAGAAGCCCUUCUCGUGCACCACGUGCGGGAAGCGCUACUCGCAGAAGCAGCCGCUCAUCAGCCACCUCCGGGUGCACACCGGGGAGCGGCCCUACGCCUGCGCGGAGUGCGGGAAGACCUUCCGCAACCAGGCCACCCUGACCAUCCACAACCGGAUGCACACCGGCGAGCGCCCCUACCGCUGCCUGCUGUGCGGCAAGACCUGCAGCCAGCUGCAGCACCUUAAGAGCCACCAGAGGGUCCACCGCGGGGAGCAGCACCUCCUGCAGGCGGGUGACGCCAAGGCGCUGGCCCUCAAGAGGGCCCGCGAGGUGAAGGAGAAGCCCUACCCGUGCCCCAGGUGCGAGAAGCGCUUCCGGGACGAGGAGAUCAUGCAGACCCACCUGAGGACGCACGAGGAGAAGCUGGCAAAAUUUGGACUCCUUCCGAGCGGAGCCAGCCUUGGGGAAGGCCCUCCUCUUCCCGUUCAGCCCCCAAAGACCCUGCCGGAGUUUAAGUCCAUCGGCAGAGGGACGGGCGCGAGCAAGAAGCCUCCCUCUGCGCCCCAGCCUGGCCCAGCAACUGGGAAGAGGGCCUUUGCAUGCUCCGAUUGUGGCAGGAAAUUCACCCAGGCAAAAUACCUCACCAUGCACCGGAGGAGCCACACAUGAGGGAAACCUGUUUGUGUUGGAAGGAAACCUGGUGGUGCAUUUUAAGGGUGCCUUUGUGAGCAAAGGCUUUCUUUGGAGCAACUAGUGUGUGGAAGCUACACAGAAAUCUUCCUCUGGCCCAUACGAUGAGGUUGGGGGAGGUGGAGAACAAGGGGGCAAAGUAUGUUUCCAGCUUGAGCUGAAAUAGGUGCUGCAACAAAAGCAGUUAUAUUUCUUAUCUUCCAUCCUCACCCCCUUAUUUUGAGUGUCUAGUCCAUGGAAGAUUUCUGUGUAACUUGCAAGCCUGUAUCAGUUGUCCUCAGCGAAGGGAUUGCUUCGAUUCCUUAUCCCGUGGAUUCAAGGGAACCGCAAUAACUUUGAACUCUUUGUAGCUCCGGAUCUAGUGGGACAGUAUGCAGCAUUCCUUGAGUCCUUGUUGCAAAGGCUUCUGGGUAGCUGUCCUACGUGGGAAAGUGCCCAGGACAGAGAAAGAGAGAGAGAGAGAGAGAGAGAGAGAGAGAGAGAGAGAAGUAUAACUCUCCUGCUGAGCCUGUCAGAGUUGGAUUUGUCCAUGAAGCUGGCAGUAGGAACAGGAAUUCACUCCCGUAGGAUGCGGCUACAGUCACUAGGCGAAAUGGUGCUUUCAGAUGGAUCUCCCAAAAGCUUAUUGGAUAGAUUUUAUAGAUAAGGUUGGGAGCUCUGUAGGAGUAAAGGAAGCUGUCGUAUACAGAGUCAGACCAUCUGACUCAAUAUUGUCUGCCAGCGGUGCACCCGGGUUUCAAGCAGGGUGCAUUCUCAGUCAGAAAGUGAUCCUGAGACACACUGUCGCUGAGCUAUGACCCUUCCCCAUCAUUCAGAAAAAGUAUGCCACUCACUGCCAGCUGCAAGGGACAGGCAGAGGAGCAGAGGAGCCAACUCCUAGGGACCAAGGUCCCUUUGCCUCCCCCAAUACAAUAUUUGCAGGGCCCCGGCCCCCGCAAAGUUGAUGAAUAUUGGCAUUCAAAUGGUGGGUGGGUGCUGCAUCAUGUGAUUGGUUAUGUGGGGUGGGGGUUACCUGCCCCCCCCAUAUAUUAUUCAGGUUGGCACCCCAGUGAUAAAGGUUGCUUCCACGGCAGAGCCCUUUAACACUGCUGAAUCAGCAGGAUGUGGAAUUAAGGCGGGUGAACCCGCCCAACACUUUAGCAUAGCAGUGUAUUCUCCUUGAGAAAUUGGGCAAUGCCAGCUCCCAUGGGCAACUGCCUAAAUAAUGUUUCCUCGGAAGCAAGUCCUCAAUUCAGUGUUGUAUUUAAGCCCUCCCCUGUGAGAGUUGCCUCUAGGUGAGUGCAUGGGAUUACGACUUAAUGUGCAGCCAGGCUGGUGAAUGAGGGACAGCACAGAAAUGUGGCAGGUUGUUGAAGGACUUUACAUCCAACUGAGCUACUCACCCAAGUGGUAAUCAGGCUACUAGCUUGUGUAGGCUUAUUUACAAGGCUGCCUGAAUUACAGAAUUCUAGAGUUGAAGGGACCCUGAGGAUCAUCUAGUCGAACCCCCUGCAAUGCAGGCAUAUGCAGCUGUCCCAUUUGGGGAUGGAACCUGCGACCUUGGUGUUCUCAGCACCAUUCUCUAACCCUGCUUUGUGAGGUAGGAUGAGUAUGGGCUUAAAUUACCGCUUUCCUCUUUUCAGGCACAGCAGUUGCUUAUUAAUGUAUGUUUUACUUCACUAUUUUAAACAAAUAACAUUGAAAGCAUUAACGAAGAAUUGCUCUGCAAAAUAGAAAACCAGUAACUAAACCCCUGCUCCCUUGCAGGGGAACAGGAACUGAUUAAGAGCCACCACAGGAAUGCUAUACAAGUGAAUAGGUAGCAAACAGAAUGAAGUGGCAAAGAGGCUGCAUGAAAGAAAAGGGCAAGAAGGAGACAACCAAUGAAAGGGAGACAUGUUUCUGGUGCAUUGCCAGUCGACAUUGGGCAGCCUCGCUCUCCUUUUUCAUUUUAAGACCAAAACAUUGCCACAGAUCAGGACUGAAAAUUGAUGGGAGGAGAACACAGGUCCUUUGAAAUGCAGUGGUUCGGCAGCGAUUAGGGUUGGGAAAUAUCUGGUUUUCAACAUCGUACACUCUCCUAACGUUCUUAAAAUUCCAGUACAGUAGUUAAAUAGGUUGUUUGAUAGCUAAAAAAACCCCUCUCCUUUUAAAAAGGACACUGUAGUUGAUUAGCUUUUAAAGUUCCAUUUGGGAGUUGAUCAUUUGCAUCCUUGUCGAAGAGGGACGUUCCUGGAUUUUUAAUCUGCGAUUAUAUAAAACCCAUCCUGCAGCUGCUUUGCUGUGGAGUUGUGAUCAAAUAUCUGAGCUGGCUGUGGUCUGUGUUAUCCAAAGAGUUAUUGGAAUUGGCAAGAUUGCUGGACACAAAUUAAACCCAAGUUUGCACAAAGCUGUCUACAGUACUUGCUGUGGGGUGACCUUUUUGCAAAUCAAAAAGGUUUGCAGUGAAAUCCUGUGCAUGUUUAUACGGAGGCAAAUCCCACUGAGUUCUAUGGGGACUUUGUGUUUCUAUGGGAUUAUAGCCUGUUUUGGGGUUGUUGAGGGUGGUUUUUUUUUAUUAAAAUGUGAUCAUCUGUUUCCCCCAAGUGAACUUGCGUAGAUAUGUAUAAAACAGGAUGGCAAUUUUUGUGAAUUACUAAUUUCUGUGUGCUUUUUCCUUCUUAAUUUACCAGGGUGAAUUAAUCCCCACUUUAAUGGGGAACCACCAUUUCAAUUUGUUGUACACGGAACACACAUGGUAGCAAGGGGAGGAUGAUAAUUCCUUUUCUCAAGUGCACUUAAAAGGCUGGUUUGGUUCUGGUUGACAAUACUGCUUAUUUCGGACCAAUCUGGAGCCUCCCACCUGUUUUUUAGUACAAAUCCCAUCAGUGGGAGGAUAUCUGCAGGACCACACCUUGCAAUCUCUGCCUCCUGUGACCACCCCUUCCCACUUAUGUGAAUGAAAUAGCAAUUGUCAGAGCAGGAGCAGCCGAGCUGAAGUCAUCUGGAGAGGAACAGUUUGGGAUUCUUCCUUAUUAUCCACAUCAGUGGUCAAGAGAACUGAAGUAUGAACUAUUAGUUAUUACAAGUCUCUUCAUCUAUUCCAAUAAAGCAGUAAAUGAAA